AACUCAAAAAAAAAAGCCAGCCCCACCUUCACUCCAACAAAAUUCAAUUUUUUUUUUUUUAAUUCAAGUCCGCCAAAAUGCCAUGUUACUCUUGUCAGUUUCACGCGGGUAUAAAUAGCCAUACCCCAUAGCCAAUUUCUCUGACCUCAACAACCAAGACUCUCUUUUCUGUUUUCAGUUUUUUCACAGCUCAGACCAGUCCCUGACGGAACGGUACUAACGACCGUUAGGGAGGUAUCUUAGCAAACCCAAUCAAAAAGAAAAAAAAAAAAAAAAAAAUUUAGAGCGCCAGUCUCCAACUCAAACUCAAACUCACCGAGUCGACUCAGUGGUUUCGUGACUCGUCCGCCCGGAUCUGAGUUUGAGCUCGAAAUUGCUGAGAUCUAAAGGAAAAAGCAAGGGGCAUAUCACAAUGAAGGCACUUAUUCUCGUUGGAGGGUUUGGAACAAGGUUGAGGCCAUUGACACUUAGUUUCCCUAAGCCUCUUGUUGAUUUCGCUAACAAACCUAUGAUCCUUCAUCAGAUAGAGGCUCUUAAGGCUAUUGGAGUCAGUGAAGUGGUUUUGGCUAUCAAUUACCAACCAGAGGUAAUGUUGAACUUCUUGAAGGAUUUUGAAACAAAGCUUGGGAUCAAGAUCACAUGCUCACAAGAGACUGAGCCACUCGGCACUGCUGGUCCUCUUGCUCUUGCUAGGGACAAACUACUAGAUGAUUCUGGUGAGCCAUUUUUUGUUCUCAACAGUGAUGUUAUUAGUGAAUAUCCUCUUAAGGAAAUGAUUGCAUUCCACAAGUCCCAUGGAGGAGAAGCUUCAAUAAUGGUGACCAAGGUGGAUGAGCCAUCAAAAUAUGGUGUGGUGGUUAUGGAACAAUCUACUGGAAAAGUUGAGAAAUUUGUAGAGAAGCCAAAAUUAUUUGUUGGUAACAAAAUAAAUGCUGGAAUUUACUUGUUGAACCCCUCAGUUCUUGAUCGAAUUGAACUGAGGCCCACCUCAAUUGAGAAAGAGGUCUUCCCAAAAAUUGCAGCAGAGAACAAGCUCUAUGCUAUGGUGCUACCAGGGUUUUGGAUGGACAUUGGACAACCGAGGGAUUACAUUACAGGGCUGAGACUCUACCUAGACUCAUUGAGAAAGAAUUCUCCAUCAAAGUUGGCCAAUGGCCCCCACAUUGUGGGAAAUGUUAUAGUGGAUGAGACUGCCAAAAUUGGCGAGGGAUGUCUGAUUGGGCCCGAUGUUGCCAUUGGCCCCGGUUGUGUUGUUGAGUCGGGAGUUAGGCUCUCUCGCUGCACGGUAAUGCGGGGAGUCCGCAUCAAGAAGCAUGCUUGCAUUUCCAGCAGCAUCAUUGGCUGGCACUCCACUGUUGGGCAAUGGGCCCGUGUGGAGAACAUGACCAUUCUUGGUGAAGAUGUACAUGUGUGUGAUGAAAUUUACAGUAAUGGUGGUGUGGUUUUGCCCCACAAAGAGAUCAAAGCAAGCAUUUUGAAGCCAGAGAUUGUAAUGUGAGCAGGGAGUGUUUGUGAAAUUUGUGUAUUGUGUUUAGGAAGUAGUAAAGUUAUUGCAUCUGAUUCUCUGAAACAUGUUUGUUCUAUUUUUCCCCUUUUCUCUUCUUUGUAAAAGUCAGUUUCUUCAAAUCUGAGUUAAAUUAUUGGAAGGGUCAGUGUUUUUUCUUUUUUUUUUUUUUUGAAGGGCAUAAAAUGCACAUUGGUGUGACGUGUAUCUUAAAAUUGUAUAUAUAGAAAUAAAUUAUUUGUUGUU